AUAUGACUGUGAUAACAAGAGGAGGCAUUCAACAGACAUCUCUUUAAGCGAGAGUAACUGGAAACGAAGUUCAGUCCAAUAACAAAGCAGCAGUCAUGGCUCAAGGUCUGAACAUUGAACGCUGGAAUCUGGAAUGCGAGUUCAACAACAUGGACCACCGCACUGAUCUGAACGGUGUGGAUAGCCUGAUUGUGAGGAGAGGACAGCCAUUCACAAUCAGCCUGUACCUUUGCUCCGGAGACUACCAACCAGAAUUCAGCACUCUUGAAUGCACUGCAGAAACAGGUCCACAGCCCUCUGAGAAAUACAGCACCAGGGUAUCCUUUGGUCUCUCAGCCCACAUUGACACUUCCCGCUGGAGUGCUGCGAUCACCAGCCCCCCUGGUGACAUGGUGGCCCUGUCUGUCUGCUCUCCCCCUGAUGCACCCAUAGGCCGCUACACUCUGACUCUGGGGAGAUCAGGGAGGGUUGAAUUUAUCCUGCUCUUUAACCCCUGGUGCCCAGGUGAUGCAGUAUACAUGGACAAUGAGCAGAGUUUGGCAGAAUAUGUCUUAUCUCAGGAUGGAAUCAUAUUUCAGGGCAGCUACAAAUAUCCCAUAUCAACUGCAUGGAACUUUGGCCAGUUUGAAAGUGGAAUCCUGGAUGUGUGUCUAAGGAUUCUGGAUAUGAAUCCUAAAUGCCUGAGGAAUCCUGGCAAAGACUGCUCAGGGAGAAGAAAUCCCAUCUAUGUCUCCAGAGUGCUCAGUGCCAUGGUGAAUUGUAAUGAUGACAAAGGCGUGAUACUGGGAAAGUGGACAGAUGGCUAUGAGGGCGGUGUCAGCCCCAUGUUCUGGAAGGGCAGUGUGGAGAUUCUGCGCAACUGGGACACACAAGCCUGUCAGCCUGUUCGCUACGGACAGUGCUGGGUGUUUGCUGCAGUGGCCUGUACAAUUUCUAGAGCCCUCGGCAUACCCUGCAGAGUCAUCACCAACUAUUUGUCAGCCCACGACAGCAACAACAACCUGGUGAUUGAACGCUACAUUAAUGAAAACGGAGACCUUGUUCAAUCCAGAGAGAUGAUAUGGAAUUAUCACUGUUGGGUAGAGGGCUGGAUGACCAGGCCUGACCUUAAACCUGAAUUUAAUGGCUGGCAGGCAAGUGACCCAACACCUCAGGAGAAAAGUGAAGGAGUGUACUGCUGUGGCCCUGUUCCUGUCAGAGCCAUAAAGGAGGGCGAGCUCACGUUCAAGUAUGACGCCCCGUUUGUCUAUGCUGAGGUCAACGCUGACGUCCUCACCACAAUGAAGAAAAAAGAUGGCAGCACCUCAAAAGUCACAACCACUACGGUGGUGGGCCAGAAGAUCAGCACAAAGAAAGUGGGCAGCGAUACCAGAGAGGACAUCACUCAUCUGUACAAGUAUCCCGAAGGCUCAGAUGAGGAGCGGGAGGCGUUCAAGAAGGCAAACCAUCAAAACAAGCUGCUUCAGGAGCAGCAGCAGAAUCAAGGCCUACACCUCACCAUCAAAGUCACAUCAGACAUGAGGAAGGGCUGCGACUUUGACGUGUUUGCUGUGGUGACCAACAACACACAAAGUGAGAAGAAGUGUCGCCUGGCGUUUGGGUCCCGUGCCAUGUCCUAUAAUGGGGUCCUUGGAGAGAACUGUGGUUUUAAAGAUCUUCUCAAUGUUGAAGUCUCACCUGGAGCAGAGAAACGAGUUCCACUGCGGCUGAACUACUCAAAGUAUGGUGGUGUGCUCACUGAGGACAAUCUAAUCCGGCUGGCAGCGCUUCUGUUGGAUUACAGUGCCAGAGAGCAUAUACUGGCAGUGAGAAACAUUGUGCUGGAGAACCCUGAAAUCAAAGUCAGAAUCCUGGGUGAACCAAAGGAGAAUCGCAAGCUGGCUGCUGAGAUCACCCUGAAAAAUCCUCUACCAGAAUCGCUGGAGGAUUGCUGCUUCAGCAUCGAGGGGGCCAAUCUCACUGGGGGACAUGCUAUCUCUGAGAGGGUGGACUCCUCAGUGGGACCAGGGGAAGAUGCCAAGGUGAAAAUCUACUUCACACCCAACCACUUUGGGAUGAGAAAGCUGAUGGUUGACUUCGACAGCAACAAGUUGUGUCAUGUCAAGGGCUACAGAAAUGUCAUUAUCGGAAAAUAAUGUGUUCAGUGCCUUUGCGGUGUAAUAUAGCACAGUAUUUGUACUCUUUCCCUGGAAACUGUUACUGUUCAGCCAUCUAAAAAACAUCUUUCUUUUGCACAGAUUUGUUUAAUUAAAUGUUUUUCAUACAAUUAUUCACUGUACAUUACUUAUAGCUACAUGUACUGUAUAUCUGUGCAUUUAGAAAGCCACAUAUAUUCAUAAGAUGAGACCUGCGAACACUACUCGUUAACACAAAAGUAAUCAGAGCAUGCAAAACUUUUACACAGAAAAUGAACUGUUGCUUUUCACAAUCUUUAUUACUGAUUACUAUUUAGUACAAUGUACUAUUAUGUUAUAUUUUUUCACUUCUUUUAAUAAAAUGUUGUCACAAAUUA